AUGGAGGAUUCUGGUGAUGAGUUUCCUGGAUUCCAAACCUGUGUUCACAAAGAAGAGCUAGAAUACAGGAGGCCAUUAAGCAGGUUACAAAGGAGAGCUCCUUGUCCAUUGCAGAUUAAGCCUAAUAAUAAUGCUUCUCUUCAAUGCAACGGUGUGCCCAAAAUUUCUUCAGCAUCAGCAGCAUUCGCACCUACUUCUUCAUUUAAUUCCUUCUACCGCAGUAAAGACCCUAUUCCUCUUCUUUCUCCUCUUGGGACAAAUGCAUCCCAAGGAAAGGGAAUGUCGAGAGAUUAUUCUCUGCGUAGAACUCGAUCUGGGAAGAAGCCUAUAAGGAGUGGAAAAGGUCAAGGGAGUCUUGAUAAUAUAGUUGUGAUUGAUGUUGAUAGUGAUGAGUUUGAAAAUGUUAUUAUCAUUGAUGUUCCGGAGUCUUUACAGCAGAAAUUAAGAGGUUCCAGUGUUGUUAGAGAAGGAAGAAGAUUUCCAUGCAUAAUAAGCAUUGAUGACGAUGACGAAGAUGAAGAAGAUGAAUGUGAUACGGUCGAUGAUCAUGAAAUUAAUGCGGAAAAUGAUGGUAACUUGGAUAGUGAUGGCACUUCUAGUCAAAGCAGUCCUCCCUCUGGUUGUGUUGAGAAAUCUGUUCAUAGCCGUAGGGAUGCUGAUGGUUGUCGAGUUGCUGAGGAGAAUAGACCUGCGUUUAAGUUGAGAAAGUGCAAUAGAACUUAUGCUGAGAAAGCUCCCUCUAGAAAUCGUUAUGGUUUAGAUUCAGAUUCUGAGACUGAUUCCUCUGAAGAUAGGACCUCUGAUUGUGAAGUUAUGGAAGAUUCUUUAGGAGAGGUUCGUGAACAGUGGGAAAAGGCUUCCCUAAAGAGAAAAUCCAAGCUCUGUGAAGGUUUGGAUGAUCAGGCCAGUCCUUGCAGUUCUCACAGUGAUGUUCACCCAAAUGUUGAAGUAGAAAACAGGACCAAACAAAAUUCAGAACCUGCUGUUUGCUCUACUUCGAAAAAUGUAAAUUUCGAUAAAGUGAACUCUUCUGCCUCAACUGCUGCUCAAUAUGGAGUUCUAGGUGGUUUUUCUUCCAAUGCCAAGAUGGGAAAGCCAUUUGCAAAGUGUAAUCAGAAAGGUGAAAGCUUUUCAGGGUCGCAGAAAUCUAGAGCCGAUGAGAAUAUUCAUUUUCAUUGGAUGAGUGGUGAUCUUUUUGGAGGAGGGACAUUCGUGGAUGAUGGUAAUAUCUAUAACAAGUUUCGAACUGUAAAUGGCCUUGGCACAAGGUUUCCUCCAGGACCUUCUUCUUGGUCCAAUCAAGAUAAGGAUGAUAAACAGUAUCAUAAUAGAAGAACAUGUUUUCAGGAUAUGCAACAAAACACUACGACAGAGCAUGCUUUCCCAGAUACCCAAAGAGGGCCUAACUUGCGCCCGGAUGAUGGGAAAGCUAGUGUUCUGAAUGAAGAUGAUUCUUUGCCUGAUGAUUACUUUUUUGGUGAGAUACAUAAUGCUAAUAACAGUCAAGUUGAUUCGAAGGAGGAAUAUAAAGAAUUUACUCAGGUGCCAUCUAGUUGCAAGACUUAUUCAAAUGAGCCACAAUGCAGAGAGAAGUUUGUGCCUUGUGCUCAAUCAUCUGAGGAUAAAGUGGUUGAAAAUGUUGUAGCUCCAUGGACUACACAAGAAGUCAGUGAUGAGAGAUCUGGUCAUAAAAAAAUGGAUGGAGGAGCUCCUAGGGAAAAGUCUUCACAAGGUCACGACACACUAAGUAAGCCAGGGACAUCAAAUUCUGCAGAAGGAAAGGAGGCGUUUUCUGAUUUUGCAUCCAGCAGUCAACUUCAUUAUGAAAGGAAUCAAUUAUGUGCUUCACAUGGUGAUCUUUUGCCUUCUUCUGAAAGAGAUAUAAUCAAUGACCGAGAAAAGCUCAAGGAGACUGAUGAAUACAAGCAAGCAAUAGAAGAAGAAUGGGCUGCCAGACAGCGGCAGCUACAAAUUCAGGCAGAAGAGGCUCAGAGACUGCGGAAGAGAAGAAAGGCUGAAACUUUGCGUAUUUUGGACAUGGAGAGAAGGCAAAAACAGCGUGUGGAAGAAGUGAGAGAGACACAAAAGAAGGAUGAGGAGAACUUGAGCAAGAAAGAGAGAUUUCGGGUCGAGGUAAGGAAGGGGCUUUAUAGAUUGGAGGUUACAUGCAUUAACAUGGCUUCCUUACUUCGUGGCUUGGGAAUCCAUGUGGAAGGUGGUUUGAAACCCUCUCCAAAUCAGGUGCAUGCAGCUUAUAAGCGAGCCUUGCUAAAAUUUCAUCCUGACCGCACGUCAAAAACUGACAUUCGUGAGCAGGUUGAGGCUGAGGAAAAAUUUAAGCUUAUUUCUCGCAUGAAGGAGAAAUUUUUAAGGGCCCAAGUUUUUGGACUUGAGCGGAAGUGUGAAAGUGAUGCCAUCGGGGUUGAGGCUAACUGGCCAUUGGCCAAGGACAUUACUGGGCCUUUUCCUCCGGCGACUGGGCAACCCAUCCGUGAAAGGGAUCUGUUAUGUGCUCCAGGCAGUGAUGCAAUGGCUGCUGUCGGAACUGAUAUAAUCAACGUGCGUGAAAAGCUCAAGGAAACUGCUGGAUACAAGCAUGAAGCAGCAGAGGCUAGGAUCUUGCGGAGGAGAAGAAAGGCUGAAAGUUCACGCGUUUUGGACUUGAGAAAAAGGCAAAAGCGGUGUGUGGAAAAAUUGAUAAUUGACAACAAAUACCUACAGGUUGAGGAAAAUUUGAACUUGAAAGAGAGACUUCAUGUUGAAGCAAGGAAUGAGCUUGAUAAACUGGAAAUUACUUGCAAUGUUAUGGCUUCAUUUCUUUGCAGCCUGGGAAUCCAAGUGGAAGGUGGAGUAAGUCCCUUGUCGCACGGGUUUCGUGCAGCUUAUAAGCGAGCCUUGAUGAAAUUUCAUCCAUAUCGUGUAUCGAGAACAGAUAUGCAGCAGCAGGUUGGGGCUGAGGAAAAAUUUAAACUUGUAUCUGUUAUGAAAAAGAAAUAUUUGUCCACUUAA